UGUUUCCUACCUGACGAAGAUACAGCUCCGCCAAUGGGAAACAGAGAUGUGACCCCGCUACUAGAAAUGCCUUCAUUUAUUGAUUUCUGUCCGGGCAUGGUGGCAUUCUACUCUAUAACUAUGCCAGGUGUAGAAAACGGGAGGCAGGAGUUACAGACUGAUAGUGACAGACUGAUAGUGAGGCCAACUGCCCCCUUAGACCGUGAGCUGAGAGGGGACUCGCUACCCUUCACUAUCAAAUGUACUUUACGGGCAGGGAAGCGACGACUGUUAGCACCACAGAUAAAGGAAGCUAUGCUGACUGUUAUAGACGAAGAUGACUCAGCCCCCAUCAGGAGUAGGAACCCCAUCGUCGACUGGCACUACAAUAACAAGUCCGAUGAUCUGGAUGACCAAUUGUUGGUACUAGAUCCUGACCUAACAGACACCAAUAACUACAUGGUGGAGCUAAUUGGCAACAUAUACAACCUCGUAACCAUUGAGAGUGUGACCGAAUUUGGCAUCAGAAGCGAGUUAUGUAUGAAAGAAGCCGAGAAUGUGACCGCUUACAACUUUAAUGCUUUCUGUACACUGAUUGCACCAGUGGUCAAGUUUAAAGAGACGGGAUUACACGCCAAACUUCCGCCCAAGAUCCACUUCUCUGUUGUGUUCAUUGACAGGAACCUGCUGCCCUCUAUCGCCCAGGAGAAGAAACAGGUGAAGUACAGCGUGACCUUGACCUUACCUAACUAUGAAGAAGAGGUCAAACCGACUCCCUUACACGCCCUUACACACAACACAGACAAUGGGGUACUGUCACCUGAAACGAUAGCUCUUCUGAAGGAGUUACCGCCCUCCGAACUCAAUAUUACCAUUAUUCCGCCAGUUAACCAGUACUACCGUUUGGGUCAACUCAUCUACCCUAACGUGACCCAACUUCACUUUAAUUCCUACCUACCUGCCAACGCCGCCUUCAUCUUGACCUCUGAUAGCGUUAACGUGAGCAUAAAGGUCACGCCCAUCACGGGGAUAUUGUACGUGAGUGACCCCGACGGUUUGAGGUCAGGAGAGUUCACGAUUGUUAGGGGUGAUUCGGUGACCCUUGUUACUCUGACAGUGGUGGAACAAGUGAAUUUUCCCUGUUCGUCUCAGAACCCUGAAGAAGUAACGCCUUGGUGUGCCUCGAUCCGGUAUAGUUCAGAGUGCCAAGAAACCUGUGGCUUAGGGGCGGCUGGCACCUGUUCCUGGCGCCCUCUGGAGACUGAAAAGGGCAAGACACAGUACACCAAAUACGCCACCUGCUCACCUGCCCUCGACACCUGUCCUAAUAACAUCUGUGACGAAUUAGAGUAUACAUUUACUGGCAUCUGUCCCCAGGAUUGUAUGUACGGUAAGAAGAAAACAAAUAACCACAUGACCAUUGGACCACGCGGCCGGGGUAUACAGGCGGGGUUGGGAGUCUGUACCUGUGAUGACUACGCUUGUCAGUGUUUCCCAGACUACCAGACACGUCCCUCGCCCUCACCUGGUGUAGAGCCGCCCCUCAAGGAACCUGCACCUGCAUCGUCGUUGGCGUGUGGUCGUGGGUGUAAGGUGGGCAUCAGUGUGGCUGCUGUGGUCUUCCUGGGAUUUACCUUACUUAGUGUUGUCUUCUGCAGAAGACAUGCCAGCGGUAACGGAAAGCAGAAAGGUGGUGUUAUCUCCCUAGGGACACUGGCUAAUGAAGAGAGAUCCUCCUCUGUCCCUUAUAAUACUAGGGACGAGACCCAUGAUUCCCUUAUCCACGGUAUAAGGGCCUCACCUCGCCCUGAUCACAACCUGGUACCUGCCCUUAAUCUAACAUUAUGUUCACAGAUCGAUCGUAAAUGGGAGUUCCCCCGAAGUCGCCUAGUGAUAGAACAGACCCUGGGUGAGGGAGAGUUUGGCAAGGUGAUGAAAGCAAGAGCACAGGGAAUAGGUGGUAAUUUAGGUUAUACAACAGUGGCAGUAAAGAUGCUUAAAUCCAACAGUACACAAGUAGAACUGUCAGACCUACUGUCAGAAUACACCCUGUUGAAGGAAGUGUCACAUCCUAACGUAGUCAGACUUCUGGGCGCCUGUACCGGUAAAGGGGGUCCAGUUUAUAUCAUCAUUGAGUACUGCCAGUAUGGGUCUCUCAGGAACUACCUCAAGCGGUCUCGUCAUGCAGAGUUUGAGAAUCGUGUUGGCUCAGGACCUACGGAAAUCGCUGCAGGAGACUACGCUAUAACCCCCAAGGAUCUCCUGUCCUUCGCCUGGCAGAUCUGUAAGGGAAUGGCCUACCUUACUGAUAUGAAGCUGGUACACCGGGAUCUGGCAGCGAGGAAUGUGUUGCUAGCGGCCGGGAAGGUGUGCAAAAUAUCUGACUUCGGGUUGACGAGGGAUGUGUAUGAAGGUGAUCUGUACUUCAAGAGGAGCAAGGGAAGAGUACCGGUCAAGUGGAUGGCGCUAGAAAGCUUGGUGGAUCAUGUUUACACCAGCAAGAGCGAUGUUUGGGGCUUUGGGGUGUUACUCUGGGAACUGGUCACCUUAGGCACCCCACCCUACCCAGGAGUCACCCCAGAGAGGCUCUUUUCCCUCCUGAAGGCUGGUUACCGCAUGGAGAAACCCGACAACUGCUCCCAGGAAUUAUAUGAUGUAAUGCUACAGUGCUGGGCUGAGGACCCCGCAAGACGCCCGUGCUUCCAGGAACUCACAGAUAUCUUCGAUGCCAUGAUCCAAGCUGACGUGGAGUACCUGGAGUUACGGUCACUCAUCGUCACUAACCGCGGGUACUUCGACGGCGUGCCAGAACCCUCACAGCAGUUCCUGGAGGCGCCGCCGCAGUUUCAGGACUCCCCCCAACCUCCUGUAGGACCAAUAAAUGAGGAACGGGAAGCAUCAACUCAGGGCAGUACUCACCAAGGGGCGCCGCCACAGUUGAAUAUAGAUGAGACGCAGCUGCCUAUACAACAAGACUGGUCACCGCCGGGUUCGGAACAACUCGACUCCGAUUCCUACCUUGUGGCCAGAACGGAUCUCGGAGCACCGCGUCGAGCGGAGUCCACCGAACCUCUCCUGGCGCCCACCUCCCCGCCUGUCACAGCCGCCCAUACGCCCACCAUCACCACCUCCCACGCCCACAAUCCCGCCUAUUCUCCUACCAGUGAAAUACCUCAUCCAACUCCUCUUCAUUAUUCCACCCUGGCCAGUCGACCUGAUGAAGAAGACGCCCACAAUUUGGAGUGUUGCCGUAGCGAGGAGGACUCUGACAGUGGGCGAGCUACGGGGGAUUCUGGAUACGCCACAGAGGAGGGUCGUGGUCGAUGGAGGGCUGAGCACAAGGGGGGAAGCAGACCCCCCCAGGCCUCCCCCAGGGGGUCGUCGUACUCCCCCGUCCCUCACCACGACCAGGAUGACGACGAUGACCAGGACCCUGAAGGAGACCACGACGAUGACCAAGACACCUCGGAGGACCUGGAGGAGAGGCAGGAACUCCUGACUGAAGACUUGCUAGGUCACCUCACCCCCAGCCCGGAGCCAGCGCAAACCGCCCAUACCACCGCCCACACGCACAAUGCCGCCCAUGCCACCACCCACACCACGCCCGUGAUUGUGUGAGGGUCUCAAAAGAUUUGCACGUUAUCUAAUCAAUCUCAUCACGCGUCGCGUCUAUGACUCAUCACCCCCCUUGUAUAGCUCUUCCCGCCGUCUGCUGCGUUGUAGAGGAGAGAGGCUGACGGAAGGCCCUCUGAGGCUGACGGAGGCCCUCUGAGGCUGACGGAGGCCCUCUGAGGCCUGGCGGAGGCCCUCUGAGGCUGACGGAGUCUCUCAGGUCCCUCAAUGGGCUGACUAAGUCCUCAGGGGGCUGAUUGAGUCCGUCAAGUCCCUCAAGGGGCUAACAGAGUCCUCCAUGGUCCCUCGAGGGCUUAACAGAGACACGCAUAUUCCUUCAAGGGGCUAACUGUCCCUCAUAGUCUCUCAAGGACUUAACAAAGUCCCUCUUGAGUUCCUCAAGGGGCUUAACAGAGACGCUCAUAGACCCUCAAGGGGGCUAAAUAAGUCCCUCUCUAUUUUCUAGGUUUUUCCCCUGUGACUUGUAGAGCGAGUGUGAGAACUAACAGUGUUCCUUGUAUGUCAAUACCUUCGAGUGUGACUCUGUGAAGGUCAACCUCAAUAUAUUAUAUAAAACCACACAAAAUACCAACCAAACCCACUUCCCUUAUUUUUUCAAAGGUGAAGUCAUACUCUUUAACAAACCCCAAAACAAACACUCUAAUCUAAAUGCUUUAUAUGUAAGGAACUCACAUAUGGAGAAGAAAUAAAAAUCCUUACGAAUCCUCAAAAAAAUAUCUAAAAAUCAUGUGCUUUUAUCGUCAAAAAUGUGAACGAAACAGAAAAUCAAGUUUGCCCUCAGUAUGUCCAGAAAGAGGGUAGUGAUCUUAAUAUAAAUAGCUACAACCUUUUAUAUAACUGAUAUUUAGUGAAUGUUCCUUCAUUUUAUUCUCCUUGAUUUUAAUUCUCGGAAAAAAAAUCUUUAUCUUGGGAUGAAAUAAUAGGUUCAUAUGUGGCUCGUAUGGUUCGUAUUAUAAGCGAACCAGAUAUUGUAUGGUUCGCAUUAUAAGCGAACCAGAUAUUGUAUGGUUCGUAUUAUAAGUGAACCAGAUAUUGUAUGGUUCAUCUUAUAAGUGAACCAGAUAUUGUAUGGUUCAUCUUAUAAGUGAACCAGAUAUUGUAUGGUUCAUCUUAUAAGUGAACCAGAUAUUGUAUGGUUCAUCUUAUAAGUGAACCAGAUAUUGUAUGGUUCAUCUUAUAAGUGAACCAGAUAUUGUAUGGUUCAUCUUAUAAGUGAACCAGAUAUUGUAUGGUUCAUCUUAUAAGUGAACCAGAUAUUGUAUGGUUCACAACACAAAUGAACCUUACAAAACUAAUAUUAAAACCGUUUCAUGCUUCCCAAACUCAUUCUUAAAAUAUAGUCAAAAAUUCUCCUCACUAAUUAAUGCUAAGGAGAAAGAUUAUAUUUUAUUCUCAAGUCUCUGGGUAUUUUUGACGCCAUGUUGGAAGUUACGAGUUGGGAGAUUUUUUUUUUUUUUUUCAGAAUCAGUUACUUAGAUUCUUGUGGUAAUUUCUCUUAAGUCGGAAUUCAGUGCCGACUUAUGGGUGAUUUUUUGUGUGUUUAUGGGAUUCAAGAUGGCGGCAGAUUCACAUAGAGACUUGAGUGUAAUUGUUAUUUUUGUUUUUGUUUUUCUCUUAAUGUUUUCUCUCACGCUAAAUGCUACUGUGUUU